UUGUGAACAUUGAGCCAAGCAACCAUGAGGAAAAAAACUAGUGUAAUCAAGAUUUGGGCUGAAGGGAAAAUAGAGGGAUUGACAUCAAAAUAAGCUAACAAGGCAAACAAUAGUGCAAUGAAGAAAAAAAAAAGCACUCGUUUUUUUAGCUUGUUUUCCCCAGUCUACCCCCAUUCAGCAAAUCUGUAGAAAGCAAUCAAGGUUUGUCAUUUUAAUCUGGUAUUAACGUCCACUGUUUACAGUUACUAUAACUACUGUACUACAGUUGAAACUGUCGGCUGUAGGGUGAGCAUGGCUGCACAAGUCUACACAUGUAUAUGCUUACUUUAACCAGAUUAAAAAAUUGAUCAAGUUCUACAGUCAAACUUGAGGGCAAUGUCUGCAGAAAUACCCCAAAACCGAACUGUGGUAGAAACCAGUUUGAGUCAAAAGACAAACAUCUUUCAAUCUGUCAGCUCUGUUGUCCAGCAUCAUGAAGAAAACCAGUCGAGCUGCCAACUACCUCCAAUGAGUGAAUCUGACCCUAGUUUUCCAUCUAAGUCGGUGAGUCAGGAGGCUUUUGAGGAACAGCGGGUAUCUGAAAUGGGCAGAUCUGCCUGCCAACCUGCCCAACAUAUGUCUGAAAGAUCCCCUCAAGAGAAUCCAGGCCAAAAUGAGCUUCUCCUUCAGCGUCAGGUGAAGCAGUUGCAGAGGGUUUUACAGGAACAGAACGCACUGCUCUCUCUUAUCAGUCCAGGACUGAUUUUAUCUCCCACAUUCUUAGCGCACUGGCAAGCCCAGACACCUCAAAGCUCUUCAGAAGCUGAUCCCCUCAACCCUACUGAGAAUUUAGAUGCCUUCAAGGAAAGCUCAACCAAACCCUCAUAUUCUGGCCAGGCUGAGAAUGAGUCAGAGGCUCUGGCAACUAAUAACAGCAAUGAUGUUGCACCAUCAGCAGAGCUCAGAUGCUUGUUUCCUAUUAAAGAAGAGUCUUCAGAAACUGCACAAGAAGACUGUCCUCUUAGCCCUUUCGGAUUGAGGCAAGGUCUCCCACCAAACCCAGAGGAAAGGUAUCAUAUGAUGCCUAUUCGACCAGGACUGAGAGAAGAGCAAAAAACAUUUGAAGAGUUUGUUGAAGAACAUCUCAAAACAGACCAGGCUGUUCUCCAAUAUGAGAAUCAGGUUAGUACACAAAUCAUAGGAGCAGAGAAGAGGAAUUUCCUUCGUAAAGGAGAAGGAACAUCUAGAAUUUCAAAGGGUAAGGACUGCUCACAAAAUGUGAAGAGGAGAUGCUCUAUUAGUCCACAAACAAUGAACAUAAAGCCUAGUCAGAAGUCGGUACGACCCACUGAAGAGAUGCCAAAUAGGAGCAGUCCUGCUCUGAAGGGUGUAGGAAACCUCAGUGACCAAAGAUCUGGCCUGGAAGACUCUCUAAAGAGGACCGCUGAUCUACAAGAAGAUAAUUAUUCAUCAAACAGCAAAGGGAAAGUCAAAGCUUUGACUGCUAAUAUUGCUAACAAUGCAGCCUCACUUAAAAGUAAGCACAGUGAAGGAGUCAUGAGGAAUUAUGAUAAAACCAAUGGAAGUAAGCCAAGUGGAUCUGCUCAGGCACAAAGUAGGAGCAUUGGCUUUAAAAAAAUUAAUGACCACAUUGUCAAAGUCAAUGAGAAAAAUUGUCUUACCAAACACUACCGUCAAAGUGGACGUACAUCUAAAGAAGUCAAUUUAACCGACGAGGUGAUGGAGUCACUGGCUCUUAGUGAAUCUAAUGACAGCACUAGCAGUGAAGAUGGACCCAACUCUCAGCCUCACAGUCCAUUUCCUCAUUAUCUUUCAAGGCACACGGAUCACAAAGAUCAGAGUCUGGAUCUGUCGGAUGGCGACUACGCUAGUGAUGCUCCGAGUGAGACUCGAUUCAAUGAAGAACAUCGCACUUCAACUCCUAUGUCUAGUUCUUCGAGCUUCAGCAGUGAUUCUGAGCUCAAGAGCUUAGAGGAGUCUAUGGCUAACCACUCCAAGAAAACAGAAGAAAGAAGGACCAACAGUGAUUUUAGACCACCUUCUGCUCCUGAACCUCUCAGAACGACAUUUCCAAAAGUCAAGGUUACUCCAGAAGACAUCACACACGGCAUGGAGCAAGAGAAACCACAUACUUUAAUCAGGUCGAAGAUGGAAGAGCAUGGUUUUAAUGGCUGCAGACCUUUGCUCAGGCUUAAGAAAGAACUUCAGGAACCUCAGGAUCUGAGAGAGCAGAUCUCAUCUCUGAAGCAGCAGCUGAUGGAGAGGGAGUCUCACUGGUCACAGGCCCACAGUCUCCUCCAGAGCCGUGUGGAAGCCCUUACCCGAGAGAACCAGGAGCUUCACAGCAGGCUCAAUGUGAACAAGAAAUCGCACCAGAGUGCUGGUUCCUUUGCUCCUCAGGCUGGAUCAUACAGCGCAGUGAGAUUUGAGAAAAGCAGAGAGGAACCACAGAAGACCCCUCAUGUUAGGAGCGCAACUCCAGCCUUUAACAAACCCACCAUCCAUAAGACACAACAGAUCGAUUCAUUUGCUAGGACCCAUACAACUAGUUCAGCUAAACUCAAUUCCUAUAAACCCGUUGAGGCAAAUAAACGCUCUGUUACCAAAGCUAAUAGGAUAACUGAAUGCACAGCCGGCUCUUUGAGAAAGAAUUCUGCACUUUACACUGACAGUCCACAGAACAAUGGCAUGAUUACACAAGGUGGAAAGGGAAGUUUGUUUUAUCAUCAUACUGACUGCAAUGAUGCACAAAUGGCAACCCAGGCCAGAAAAGACAAAGUACAGGAGGAAACUCACUAUCCAGAUGGAAGGGUUGAACGUCUUUUUUUGAACGGAUGUCGUGUGAUCACAUUUCGCAAUGGAACGAAGAAAGAGAUUGGUGUUGACAAGUCGAUCACUGUUACCUUCUUCAACGGAGAUGUUAAACGCACACUGGCUGAUGGGACUGUGAUAUACUACUAUUGUGAUGCCCAAACAACACACUCAACCUAUCCAUCUGGUUUGGAGGUUAUACAGUUUCCAAACAACCAAAGAGAAAAACACCAUCCUGAUGGCACAAGGGAAAUAUCCUUCCCGGAUGGCACCGUCAAGAUUCUCCACUCCGAUGGUCGAGAGGAAAGUGUUUUUCCAGAUGGAACUAUUGUCAAGAUAUCACAACAUGGUGAAAAGAUGGUGGAGUUUACUAAUGGGCAGAGAGAGAUCCAUACUUCACAGUACAAGCGGAGGAUGUACCCGGAUGGAACCGUUAAAACUGUCUAUACGAAUGGGAGGCAAGAGACAAAGUUCUCAUCUGGGAGGGUUCGCAUUAAGAACAAUGAAUGCGUCAUUAUGGACAAAAAGUGAAAUCAUUUUUAUUUUAUUUAUUUGUUUUUAUAUAUAUAUAUAUAUAAAUCAUCUAAACUCUUUGAUCUAAACAUAUCAAUAAAUUGUAAAUGACAAUUGGAUGAACUAAG